AUUGUCAAAACCCACAGCUGUCACGACACAGGCGACGAGAAGCCGCGUUUUGUCUGCCCAGGCAGCAGCCCACGGCCAGCACGGGGACCCGGCCCCUUGCCUUGCAUGAGCCGUGCUCCAAACCCGUAUCCGUUCCGCCUCCGCUGCGGGUGUCAACCUUGCCGUCAUCACCUCCUGGUUCCACACGCCGCCGCCGCCGCCGCCCACCCGAGCCAUGCCGUCGCCAACGACGUCGCCGGCUCCAGAAGCGGAUGCCCGGCUCGGCUUGCUGCGUGAGCAGAUUGCCCAGGCGGUCGCCGAGCAGCUGUGCCGAGCCGACAUUGAUUGGGAUGCCCUCGAGCUCCUCGGCCAGCCGGCCUUGCGAAUCGAGGCCACCCUGCACGAUGCCACAUCCGCCACAGCUCCCCCGCAGACUCGCCGUCAACGCCAGGCGCAGCCGCUCCCGGUUCUCUCCCAUGUCAUCGACUUGACUGAGGUUGUCACCCACCGAUCCGCGGCGUCCACUCCACGGACCCGUGAGCAGGAUAUCAACGGCAAUGAUUCCAAUGCUCUGCAGCCUGGCAGCAUUCCCGACAAGCAGGUGGCAGGCACGAUCGUCCCGGCCAGGGCGGCACGACAGCCGGUGCGAGACCUGGCGGCAGAUAGUCCAUCGCUCCGGCCUGGAACGCCCCACGCCAAUGAGAUUUCGGGGACUUCCGGCAGGGAGCCCUCGCUGACCACAGAUCAGGAUGCAGACGCUGACGAGGACGUUACUGAGAAUGACACCGGGGUUGACGAUCGGCAUCAGGAGAACAAUCCCAGGAAGGCCAUCAGUGGCCUCCGGCCUAGCCGGGCGCCCAUUCAGCUCGUAGAAGACGCAAACACACAGAGACAGAUGCAGGUCGGUGACAAGAGUUUUCCCAAGCGAAGGAAAAUUGAGCCGGCAGGCUAUGCUCUCAAACCAUCCACGUUGGACAAGCUCAUCGUUGGAAUUUGGGAGCAGAUUCACAGCACGACCACGCUCAAUCCGCAGGAUCUCUUGGGACAUGUCUCGUCUACUCCCGCAUCAGAUGAGUCUGGCAAGGGCAUAGCCGGACGACCGACACCGGCGCCGACAGGGGAAGCCAAUGCAAUACAAAACCCCCCCUCCAGUCUAGAGAUUGCAUCCCUCUCCAUGCCAGGCUUGUCAGCCCACAGUAAUGGCAAUUUAGGACAGGCUGGGCAACAAUCAUUCAGUCACAAGAACAUAUUUUGUCGCCGAGUCACCCAAGCCAGCCGAACAUGUCGCUCCAUUGAGGUCAUUGUCCAAGCCCGUUGGAUUGAACAUUUCGAGGCACAUAUCGAGGCUUCCAAGGCGACUAGUCCGUCUCUGUCAGAUACAAAGCAUCGCAAGGCUGCAUUGAUUGAGGCUUGUCAUGACUUUGGAUGGUCUGAGAAAGAACUUCGCAACAAAAUGGCCGUGUGGCGUGGGUAUAAGGAGAUCAAGGAUGCCGGAGGCUGGUCAGCACUUGUCUUCGCCGGCAUGGGCAUCUAUCGCUUCUGCAAGUACCGCAUUGGCUUCGACAAGGACAGCCUUCAACGGCUUCGCAAUCUUCGCCCCGCUCUAGAGGUCGCCGCCGACACGAUGCAUCCACAUUGGCGUCAGCUACUGACCGUCGUUGACCUGCCCACGCAGCCAAUGUAUACCGGGCAUCGCCACGAUUGGGUUGUCUUUCCAGACGGCUCGGUCCCAGUGCCCCUUCAUACCACAUACUUGCAAUGGGACGUGAACUUCAACUACAAGCACAUUGACGAGUCAGUCGUAGAUGAGCAGCAAUGGGGCGGUGACGAUCCCCGAUGGGCGCCUCCUAUGACAAUGAUACGGGCAGACGCAACGACGCAAUUACCACACAGCGGAGGGUUUGCGCCCGGCCCGGAAUCCUCUUUACUGGCCACGGUGUCCAUGCCUGUCUGCACAGUCUGCGACAAGGAACAAUCCGACGAUCCAAGACUCAAUGCAUGCAUGUGUUUUCCGUCAUUAUUUGGAUGUGCAAAUCCAGCCCCAAGCCCUGUACAGGUGUUCCGGACAAAGGAACGGAGCAAUGGGCUCCUCGCCCUCUGCGCCUUUGAGCGCGGCUCGCUUGUUGGCGAAUUCGUCGGACUUGUCACGAAAGGACUAGAGAACGUCGACGUUAUGGAAGGAUGUACAUCACCUGUCCAAUAUUCGCAGGGACUGUCUUCCGCAUCCCUGUCUACAUCUUCCUAUUCACCUUCGCCUGCAGGCAUCCCGGGAGGCAUGAGGUCUCCAUCCAGAGCGGGUUUCCCCCCGCCCUCGCUAUUGUCGUCGACAUCCUCACUAUCAUCGUCCUCCAAAACAUCAUUCAUUGCUCACCACCACCACGGCCAUCACCAGAGACAACAACAUCACCACUAUAGUCAGCACCAGAACAAACAGCAGCCUGGUGUUCGGUAUCAGAUAUGGCAAGGACGCCAGGGGAACUUCACGCGGUUUGUGAACCACAGCUGCAAUGCUAAUGCGCAGUAUCAGACCUUCACGUGGCUGGGGACACAGCGCAUUAUCCUAGUCAGUAAGGGUAUCGAAGCUGGCACGGAGAUCACAGUAGACUAUUCAGACAAAUAUUGGAAGGGACUGGACAAGAAGUGUCUCUGUGGAGAGAAGAGCUGUCGAUAUCGGCGAGGAGGCAGUUAAUUGGUCCCGUAAGCCGUCUAUGCAGAGACGUUGCAUCGCAUCUUGCGGACACG